AUGGCAGAAGGAGAAGAAAAUAAAAGACCUGACAGCAACACAGCAGCAGCAGCAGCAACAGCAGCAGCAGCAGCAGCAGCAGCUGAAGAGAAAGUACUUGCUGCUGCUGCUGCUUCCAAACUAUCAGCAGCAAAUGCUGCUACUAACGAAGCUGCUGCUGCAUGCGCAUCAUCAUCAUCAACAGCAGCAGAAGCAACAGAACAAGAACCAGCAGCAGCAGCAGCAACAGCAGCAGCAGCAGCAGCAGCAACAGCAGCAGGAACAGAUGAUGAAGAUGAAGGAGAAGUAUCUGGUGAAGAUUUAAAACCUUCUGCUGAUUAUUCUCUUGUUGCUAAUGGAGUGGUGGAUAUGGCGUAUGUAGCCUUAGAGGCAUCACGUCCUAUAGAAGAAUUACCUCCUCCUGCUGUUGGUGAAUGGGUAGAGAGUAAAGCAGCACAUGAAGAUGCACAAAUAUUCAGAGCGAAAGUCGUCGGACGGUACAGACACCCGGAGCACCGUUGGCUAUUCCGUUUGCGUUCGCCUGCGAUGGCAUCGAGUUAUUUAGAGCCAUUAAAACGAAAAGCUAGACGAGUGUCCAAUUCGCGUCGGCCCUUCGAUCCGUCUCCCUCGCAGCAACAACAGCAACACCAUCAGCAACAGCAGCACCAACAUCAGCAACAGCAGCAGCAACCGCAAGCUGCUUGGGCCUCUCGAGGUGUCAACAGCAACAACGAAGGAUCGCGCCGUAAAUCUGCCCCAAGUCAUUCAUACGGCGGAGGGGCCUCCAAAGGGGCCCCUGGUAAAGCAGCAAAUACACAUACUGCAGCAAGCAACAAACGUCUUGCUGCUGCUGCUGCUGCUGCUGCAGGCACAGCUGCUCCUGCUGCUUCCGCAGCAAUGAGGGCCACAGAGGACUCAAAGGGUGCCCAGACACCCCAAGGGGCUACACACACGGAGGGAAACCUAUCCACCGCGCAACAACAGCAGCAACAGCCACCGCAGCAGGAGCAGCAGCAACAGCAGCUGUCUGAAGGAGAUGCUGCUGCACUUUCAGGUGUAUCUGCAGCAGACGUGCUGCAGCUAAAUGGUAGGAAGAGGAGAUCUCUUCCUGCAUAUAAUCAUUUUGCUAAGUUAAUGGCUCGCUGCAGUCUUCCUCUAAUGUGGAAACCAACUGCUGCUGCUGCUACUCCUGCUGCUGCUGCUGCAGCAGCAGCAGCCGCUGCAGCAGCAGCUGCUACAGCGACGCCUGUUCCUGCACCUGCUCCUGGUGCUACAGCAGCGACUGCAGCUACUCCUGUUGCUGCACCAGCAAUUCCGGUUGCUCCUGUUGCAGCUGCACCUCCUGCUGCUGUAGCACCUCCUGCUGCUCCUGUUGCAGCAGCACCUGCUGCUGCUGCUCCUGUUGCAGCAGCAACCCCAGCUGCUCCAGUUGCUUCAGCAUCACCUCCUGCUGCACCAGUUGCUGCAGCAGCACCUCCUGCCGCUCCAGUUGCUGCAGCAGCUCCUGCUGCCCCUGCUGCACAACCUCCUGCUGCUCCUGCUGCUCCUGCAGCAGCAGCAGCAGCAGCAGCUCCUGCUGGAGGAGGCAGCUUAGCUGGGGCAUCAGUUGAAGGUACAGGGAAUGAGACACCCAAAACCUCAGCAGCAGCAGCAGCAGCCACACCAGCAGCAGCAACAAAAGCAGCAACAACAGCUGUACCAACAGCAGCAGCUGUUGCUGCACCAGCAGCAGCAGCAGCAAAAGAGGCGUCAAUGAAAAGCGCAGCAGCAGCAGAAACAAAGAGGGAGGAUAAGGCCCCAACACCACCUACACAUGUGGGUGCAGCAGCAAGUGUAGCAGCAGCAACAGCAACAGCUGCAGCAGCAGCAGCAACUCAGGCUCCAAAAGGAGAGGCUGAUGUCCUACCAAAGGCAACGGGCCCCAAAGACGCAGAGAAGACAGCAGCAGCAGCAGCAGCAACACUAGCAGCAGCAAAAGCAGCGACACCAGCAGCAGCAACCAUCGCUGCAGCAGCAGGAGUGUCUCCACGUGCAGCUGAGUCUCCUAUCGCAGACAGUUUGUCUGGGACUCAAUGUGCUGCUGCUGCAGCAACAGCAACAGCGGCAGCAGCAGCUGCUGCUGCAGAAGCAGCAGCUGCAGCAGCAGCAAAGCAGCAGAUGGAGUGUAAGUAA